AUGCCGGGUGGGCAUAUAUUCAACAAAGAUGGGACGAGGAUGAUCAAAGUUCGAAGCACACCACAAACUCCUUCACUUGAGACCCCUCCGACACACGACACGCAUUCUAAUGGGCUGCCGAGUGAAGUUGUAGCUGGUCCUAAUACCACCAGUGGAUCCAAGAAGAAGAAAAAGAAGAACCGCAAUAAGGGAGCGGCGAUUACUCACGAUUCUCAUCUCGAUCCUACCAAUCACAACUCGCACCACGACAACCAUGACCACUUCGAACCGUCUGUGCAAGGUCCGUCGAACAAGAUUUCCCACCCCCAAGCAGGACCUAAUACGUCCCGUCAGCAUCUGCAGGAGUAUUAUGAUGCGAUACAAGCUAGCUUAGAUCAAUUCGAUUCUAACGAUGUCGAUGUUGAAGGGGAUGACUAUUAUUCGGACGACGAACCGCACCCUGAAACGACAGAGCCGAGCUACGACGGUGCGUCUAAUCAGCUCGAGGUACCCACUUCGAAAAAGAAUAAGAAGAAAAAGAAGAAGAAGGGUGCAGGAAAUCAGCCGGCUGCUCAGGGCGAGGGUUCUCAAGCUCCAUCUCACGAAACUGCGCGUAAGGACGCUCAGAAGUCUUCCAAAGAUAGGAUAUGGAAUACCUCGACAAGCGAAGAACGCGAACGGAUCAAAAACUUCUGGCUUUCUCUGGGCGAGGACGAACGUCGGUCUCUGGUGAAAGUGGAGAAGGAAGCUGUUUUGAAAAAGAUGAAGGAGCAGCAAAAGCAUUCAUGUUCCUGUAGCGUAUGCGGAAGGAAACGAACAGCGAUCGAAGAAGAACUAGAGGUGCUCUAUGAUGCAUAUUACGAGGAACUGGAACACCCUAGUAAAGGACUCCCGCAGGCCCGACGGAUGGAGGAGCUGCCCGAACUUGAAGAUGACGACGAAGGUCCUUAUGAGGAUGAGGAUGAUGAGUACGAGGAUGAGGAUGUAUCCGAAGACGGCCAUCGAAGCGUUCAACAGGACUUUUUCAACUUUGGGAAUAGCCUUACGGUCAGAGGUACGCAAAGACUAAAAUCAAGAGACUAUGGAAAAACAGAUAACGCUGACAGUCUAGUUUUGUUGGAAGAAGGCGGAAUCCUUACAGUGGCUGAUGACCUCCUCAAAAAUGAUGGUAAAAAAUUCAUUGAGAUGAUGGAACAGCUAGCUGAGAGGAGGAUGGCUCGAGAAGAAGAGGCAAGCCAACAUGCUCAUGGGAUUAAUAAUCAGAUGCAUUCCGGCCUACAGCAUAACCACUCGCAUGUACCAAAUGGCAAUCCGGACUACGAUCAGGAAGAAGAUGAGGAGGAUUACGAAGAAGAGGAUGAUGAAUUUGAAGAUGAAGACGAUGAGGAACCGGAUGCUAUGACAGAGGAACAGCGGAUGGAGGAAGGGCGUCGGAUGUUUCAGAUUUUUGCUGCGAGGAUGUUCGAACAGAGAGUUCUUUCCGCAUAUCGAGAACGGGUUGCAAUUGAGCGGCAGAAACGACUUCUCGAAGAGGAGGAAGACGAAAAGCGAAAAGAAAUUGAGCAAAAGGAGCGUAAGCUCAGGGAGAAGGAGAAGAAAAGCGCUAAGAGGAAAGCGCAAAAGGAGGCAAAAGAAGCAGAGAUGCGAGAAAAGGCAGAGAAGAAGGCUAGGGAGGAAGCCGAGAAAAAGGCUGAAGAAGAGAGAAAGGCUGAAGAAGCUCGUAGGCGAAAAGAAGAGCAGCGCCUCAAACGGGAGGCAGAAAAGAAGGUUGCUGACGAAGAGCGCUUAAGAAAAGAGGAGGAGAAGAAGAAGCGGCUCCAAGAGGAGCGUGAACGAGAACAGGAGAGAGAACGGAAACGAAAGGAACAGCUAGAGCAAGAGAAGAAGAAGAAGGCGGAAGUGGCCCGCAAACAGAAGGAAGAAAAGGACUUGCGAGACAAGGAGAAGAGGGAGAAGGACGAGAAGGACCGGAAAGACCGUGAGAUUAGGAAAAAAGUCGCGGAAGAGAAGGAGCGUGCCAGGAAGGAGGCCGAGGGCAAUGUUGCUAUUCCCAAAAUUGCGACGACUCCCAUCCUAUCGCCAGCCAGCAAAGCUUCGAUAACUCCAUCCCACUCCCUUCACCCCCCUACUAUUGUCCCAGCUGUUGUAUCUCCUCGAUUAGCAGUUGCAACACCAGCCCUGCCCAAGCAAACAUCGCCAGGGAAGGCCAAAUCUUCAGCCAGAGGGUCCGUCGCUUCAUCACCACAGACUCCGAAAGUGCAAGCACGCUCGAGCAUCGGAAGCUCCACAGCUCUACCUCAGCCAUCCACGCCGGCUGCUCUCUCGACAUCUUCAACUCCAUCCCUAGCUUCUAUUGUACCUGCCGGCCCAAUUGGGCCCCUUAAGCAGAGCCAACUCCCAGCUGGUCCUCCUGGCCUCCCGCUACCAGGAACACCAGCUCCACCAGGUCUCUCGCCCCAAGGCACCACCCCGAUUGGCCAUAUCCCUCCAAUUGGUGCACCGCAUGGUUUCCCUUCCCACCUUUCCCCUCCUCCUGGUGUACCACCGCCGGAUAGCUUCCCCAUGCUCCCAGGGCAGGGAUCAUUCAUGCCACCAGGGCAUAGACCACACCCUAUCCCCCUUUCGAUGCUCCCCCCACCUAGUCAGUUGGGCUUUGGAAUGAACAUCUUCCGGGGCUUUCCAAUUCCAACAGGAAAUCCACCUCUGCCUCUGGGCCCACCAUCCGCAGGUCUUCGUGGCUUCCCACCAUCCAAUACACGCCCGUUCAUGGGGAACGACUUCAGUGGCCUCCCACAGCAGCUUUCUGCGCCAGGAUUUCCACAGGCACCUGGUUCACCUUUCAUGCGCCCAGAAAGUAUUCAGCCAGGGCAUCAGAGACAACCAUCAGGGGACCAUAUCGAAAGCAAUUCGGUUUCAACCCCAAAGCCAAUUCAUCGACCGACCCCAAUUCAACGCCCUGCAAAUGCUGCUCCUGGGGGUGCGCUUUUAAAGGCUAAUAUUGACGAGCUAAGCACAUCUCUCGGGAGUAGCGCAUUACUAGGAGAUGACGAGCCAGAAGAACCAUCCCUCAAUAAGGCUGACGGCGCAUCCCCCGCACGUCGCGGGAGUAACGUUCCUGGCGGAAGGGGUGUUUUCGGUGGAAUGAUGCCCGGGAGUUCACCGUUCUUUCUAGGCCACGAUGCCGGUUUUGGGGGGUUUCCAAGCCCGAGUAAUACAUGGGGGGCACCAAGUCCCUUAUUUAAUCCCAGCGGACCUUGGGGGCCUCCCGCACUAAGUCCAGCUUCUACGGGAUGGAUGCCCAACCCCUCUACCCCCUUCGGUGCGAAUCAACGUCGAACGGGCCGUGUAGACCUUAUCCGUGUGCUAGCAAUUUCAAAUUACAAGCAAACACCAAAAGAGAACAAGAGCUCUGAAGGUUUCAUGCCUCUUAAACUUCUCAUGAAGCAACUGAACGAACACGAGCAGCUUGCCCAACCAAACGAUGUUGGCGAAGAGGAGUUAUUAACAAUCACCGAAGUCGAAGGUGAUUGGCAAAAUGGUGGUGGUGUAUUCCUCCGUCAUGUUGACGAGCAUGGAAUUUCUCUGAAAUUUCUUAAUGACCCCGAUGAUCUCAGGCGAAGGGUCUCUAGUUCGGCAGGAUUGGUUGGCACACCGAUUGGUGGGCCAGGAGAAAUUGGCUCGCCAGUCGUCAGUGCUUCUAAUACAACCCUACCAUUCGCAACCCGCCCUGGGCCCACUGGCACUGGGGCCGGCGUCGUUGGUUCGCCGCACUUCUAA